GGAGUGUAUAUUGUAACACAAUGCAAUGUCAAUAUGCUUGUUAUAACAAAUCAAAAAAUUUCCGAGCUCGUUGUGAGUCCGUGAAGGCACCACCGGUAUUGAUUAUCCUCUCCAGUCGGCAUCCCUCGGCGACACAGCUCGCAGUUGCAUUGAGCGUGUGGUCAGUGGACAUUAUUAUCAUCAGGCAGCAUGACAAUUAGAAACACUCUGCGGGAUCACGGGCAGAGAUAUCGACCACGGAUGGCUUGUCUUAAAAAGGCGGAAAAGGUACUGCUGGAGAUGCAGGAUCCCAAAUCGGGAGUGAAGUCUCAGCCGCAGCGACUGGUCAUCACCACCAUACCGCACGCUAUUACUGGUGAAGACAUAGUUGCGUGGCUGGCAGACAGAUUCCAAAUUGACACCAGAGAGGCCAGAGGUUUGGGUUCCAUGCUGGUGGCGUUGGGCUUCGUGUACCCGCUGCAGGACCACAAGCGCUUGCUGCUGAAGCCCGACGCGUCACUCUAUCGCUUCCAGACGCCAUACUUUUGGCCUGCACAGCAGUGGCCCGUGGAGGAUACCGACUACGCAAUCUACUUGGCCAAAAGGAACAUACGCAAGAAGGGGCUCUUGGAGAUGCACGAGCAGGAGCAGUACAACCGCCUUCACAAGUGGAUGAAUCAUAAGUGGGACUUCAUCGUGAUGCAGGCGAAAGAACAGAACAGAGCCGCCAAGGAGAGGAAGAAACCGGACCGCGUGGUGUUUGACUGUCAAGAGAGGGCCUACUGGGUGGUCCACAAACCCCCGCCUGGUACGGUUAGCGCCAUGGACUAUGGACUCGACCGGCGAAUCGAUCCAAACGCGGAUGAGGUAACAGGCCUUUCUCGCUGCUCAUUUUCUUCUCAAGUCGUUCACUCGGUUCUUACGCGUCAUUUCUGUCAUCACACCCCGUGUUUUUUUUUAUUUUCAUUUUUUUUGGGUUCCUCCUCGCAGGUGAAAACGCCCGACUACUACGAGAGGAUUAUGAUCUUCACCCAGCAGUCCAUCAUGAGGCCCAGAGUCAAGUCGUCGGUGUCCAUCGGCGCGUUGGUGAAAUAUAGCGCAACCUACAACAGCCACGACCCGUUCCUCUCCAAAUGUCUUCCCAGCAACCCCUGGCACACGGACGAUGUCACCUACUGGACCUUGAACAUGCCCAACGUGGAAACGCCCACCAAGAUGCGCGUGGAACGCUGGACGUUUAGCUUCGGCGAGCUGCUCUCGGACGCUCGAGGGCGCGAUGACUUCAGGCGCUUUCUGAAGAAAGAAUUCAGCGGUGAAAACUUGGCAUUCUGGGAAGGCUGCGAGGAUUUAAAGUGGGGCACGGCGGCGACCAUGCGGGAGAAGGCCGAGCAGAUCUAUAAGACUUUCCUGGCCCGCGGCGCCCCAAGGUGGAUCAACAUCGACGGGAAGACGAUGGAGAUCACAGUGAACGGCCUGAAGCAUCCCCAUCGAUACGUGCUGGAUGCCGCCCAGACCCACAUCUACAUGCUCAUGAAGAAAGACUCGUACGGCCGCUACAUGAAAUCUCAGGUGUUCAAAGACACGUUGAAGAAGGCCAUCUGCCCUGAGGAGCACAAGUUCACGGACGCCCAGUUAGAACAGAAUGCCAAGAACCGGCGGCCCAGCCUUAGUCCCAUCGUCCUCCGGCAGCGGGAGCUGGAGGAGCGAGCCAGGAUGGCCGCCAACGCACCCGUCGACAUCACGCAGCUGUGCCGCUUCACCACCCCGGUGCCGCACCUGGCGGUGUACUCCGGCCUGGUCGACUCCCCCUCCGCCAACCCCUCGUCCUCCCUGGCCGUCCUCGCCCCUUGUCCGUCCCCGAUCAGCGUAACCCCGGACAGCACCUCUGCCUCCGAGCGGAGGGCGGAAGCCGGGGGCAAGGCGGAGCAAGAUGGUGAGGCCUCGCGGGCACCCGGCUCGACGUGCAAGUCGAGGGUGGCUCUCUCGCUGCGGCGGCUGCUGAGGCGGGGCUGCGGGGUGGGCGGCGGCCCCUCCGAUGUCUUCGCCAGCCUGUCGCCCAAGUGCCAAUCGGCCGCCGGGGCCAGUGGACGCAUUCGGCCAAUUAGUCCGGACGCCUCCAGCCAGGCCCCGCCACGGAGGAUUGGCAACUUUUUCCAGAUCAAGGUGGACAUCCCCCCAGAGUGUCGGAUCUACCCCAUUGAAUCCGAGGAUGAAGACGAGGAGAACCGAGCCUCCUCCCAGGGAGCUUGGGGGACCAAGGAAAUCAUCUGCCCUUGGGAGAGCCUCACCCCUCACAACGGGACUGGCUAAAAGAAACAAACC